UAUGACUGUGGAAGAAGAGUUUAACGGGGUUUGUAUUAUAAAAACAGCAAGUGGUGUUGGUAGUGUUGCUGUGGAAAUAGAUUUAUCUACUCCAAUACCCCAAUUAACAACAAAAACACUAAAAACAAGAGAAACAUCACCAAAAACAGCAACACUAUUUGUAAAUAAUAAACCAGUUUCUUGUGACAAUAGAACAACUCAAAAAGUUGAAUUGGAUUGUAAUGGAAAAAGUUAUAAUAUCAUUUCCAGCAAUCCAUAUUUACCCAAUUCAGAUUGUCUUAUUCAUUUAAUACCUCCACAAGGGAGGAAAGGGACAAUUUAUUUCAAAUUUAAAUAUUUUGAUAUUGAAAGACAUUAUGCUUGCAAAUUCGAUUAUGUUGAGAUUAUCGAUGAUCGUGGACAGUCUUUUAAAUUCUGCGAAGAUCCAAUUGUGGGCAAUAAAGGGAAUAUUUCCCUAAGAAUGAAACCCUAUUCUCAUGAAGUGGAUAUAAAUAAAACAUAUUUUAUUAGUAUGAAAAAUUCGUUUAAAUUAAUUUUCAAAAGUGAUAGAUAUACACAAAAGACCGGAUUUCAUUUGACAACUACACUCUCUUGUCUACCAAAAACUCUACCAGUGAGACAAGUUCUAUGCAACUGGGAUAAUCAUGAUAUUAAUAUUCAUUGUGAUAUGGGAGAUUUAAGAAUCAUAUCUCCAAUCAGUAAAACUAAAAAUAUGGAGGUGGAAUUUGAAUUUCUCUCAUUCAAUCUACAGAGAAAUACUGGAAUGAGUUACCAUGUUUUGACAUUUUCUCAAAAUUUUCGUUAUAUUAAGUAUUCUGGAAAGGCAAAUAAAGUGGGCUCGGAAACGAAUCGAAUUAGCAUCUUUGAAGGGCAGUACUUAAAGCCUCCCAAACUGGGAACAACUUAUUACAUUAACGAAACUGGAGAUUUAAACAUCAAUUAUUUUGAAGGUACCGAUAUGGGAGGAAGUUCUUUUGAAAUGAUUGCACGUGCAAAAUGUAUUUCUUAA